AAUAUUCCAGCUGUUAAUUUAUCCCCUUAAACUAACCCAUAAAUUUAGCUUUGAUCUCGUAAUAAUUUCAGUUUAAAAUGACUUAAUUUACCUAACCUAUUCGGAAAUUUUCUAAAUUAGUUUCUCUGGGAGAGUAAAUAUUCCUGAGUUUGUUGGAAUAACAUCUGAACAGUGAAAGUUUAUUUGGAGAAUUAUUGGGACGAGUUGAACACUGAACUAUAGUGAACAGGUUACUGGCAGUCAUGAUGACCAUCUUGUAGUAGAUAGGAUUUAAACUAUUACCCAGUCAUGAGUUUUCUCAAGGGUAUAUAUCUCCAUGGGGAAGUGGAACACAAUUCUUCCUCCACGGAACUUUGAGGUGACAGCAACAGCCUGAGUGUUGAGAGAGAAUGGCGUACGGUAAAGGUCAGGGAAGAAUGUCUUACGGCAGAGGUCAAGGCACCAUGGAGGAAUAUUUGGACUUGUUGCAGUAUCUGUUGUAUAUCUUCAAUACCAUCUUCUUCCUUGCCAGCUCCGCUGUCUUUGCUUUGGCGCUCUAUGUUCGCUUCCAGAGCAGCAUGACUGACUACAUUGAAGGUCUGUUCAUGUAUUACUACUGGAACACCGUUGUAGCCAUGAUGGUGGGCGCUUCCCUGGUCAUGUUGACCUCUUUCCUGGCCUGCUGUGGUGCCUACACCAGAAGCAUCUCUCUACUAAUUGCUUACAAGGUGAUGACUGUGGUUAACUUUAUCUUCAUGCUGUCAGCAUCGGCCUACUUGUUGGCCAACGGCCUCGAGGACUCUAACCUCUUUCCAUACGUACAGGAGACCAUGAAAGGCUUAAUUAACCAAUACCAGUGGGACAUGACGGUUAAGAGGUCCGUUGACAUUAUCCAGGAAAAUAUCGGAUGCUGCGGCGGAUAUUCUGCUGACGAUUACAUCAACAUACACAUGCCCAUCCCGGAUACCUGUCGUGACCAGGUGACUGGUAACCAGUACAAGUACUCGUGUGCUGAGGUCUUCUCCCAGUUCCUGGAGGUGCUGACAGGCUGGAUCACUGGCAUCUCUAUCAGCAUAUGUUUCUUCCAGUGUUUCUCCUUGGUUGUGUCUAUCUGCCUGUGGCGAGCAAUAAAGGAAUACGACUCGAAAUAAGCAACCGAAUUUUCAGUGAUAGACAUUAGCACUGUAACAUUAACUGGAAUGUGCUAAACUUGUAAGGGCCCUACAGCACCUGAGGAAUGGUAGGUAACUGGGUUCAGUCCAAGUACAGAAGAACCUUCACCAACACUAAGGUGCCCCCCUUGAAGGGUGAGCAGUGAAGCAAAAUUAGCAUAACCACUUCAAAAAUUUUAAACAGUACAUUUUAAACUAUGUACACCUACCAUCUGACUUACGACCUGCUCGACAUACGUCCACUCGACUUACGACCGUGCAUCUGGCAGCUGGGCUGGGCCGGCUGAUGCACACCACUGUACAAUAUUUGACAAUACUCGCGGCGGCAAUGAGUCAUGCAGGCAGCAUCAGUUUGAGUUACCCUGCCCUAUCAGCAGCAUCACACUGUAUUAACUGUACUAACUGUACAGUAAAUUUCACCAUGGCCCCUAAGAUGAAGUCUGAAUCUUGCACUGGAGAUUGUGGCAAGAAAGGCUCUUACUCUCGAACUCUCUAUUUUUCACUGUUGCACAUAAACCUGUCUGCCUGUAUAUCUGUGUAUCUGUCUUUCUGUCUACCUGUGUGUGUGUCUUUCUGUCUACCUGUCUGUCUUUGUCUACCUGUGUAUCUUUGUCUACCUGUGUGUGUCUUUCUGUCUACCUGUGUCUCUUUGUCUACCUGUGUGUGUCUUUCUGUCUACCUGUGUGUGUCUCUGUCUACCUGUGUGUCUUUCUGUCUACCUGUGUGUCUUUGUCUACCUGGGUGUGUCUUUGUCUACCUGUGUCUUUCUGUCUACCUGUGUGUGUCUUUCUGUCUACCGGUGUGUCUGUCUUUCUGUCUACCUGUGUGUCUUUCUGUCUACCUGUGUCUGUCUUUCUGUCUGCUUGUCUGUCUCAGAGCCACUCAUUAAGAGUGUAAUUGGUCUUGAAGACGCCAUAUUAAUAAUGAUAAUAACACAAUAAUAAUCACUGAGGCGCAUUAAAUGUGUAUAAAACGUUGGUAUAGACAUUUUGCUUAAUCCAUCUAUGAUUUUUUUUUCAAAAUUAUAUAAUAAACAUGCUACAUAACAUAAAAACAUAUAAAUUAACAAAUAUGAGAUGUUUUUCUGGUCGGCUUGACAGAGUGAACAGGAACCAUUCGUGUCCGGGCUGAUAACAACAACAGCAACAUUUGUUUACAUAACUCGCCAACCUACUACACUCAUACGUUUAUUCAUUUAAUUUUGUUUACUCACCUCUCACUCUACAUUAAGACUACAGAUAUUUUAAGGUAAGUAAUGAGUGGACACAUUAUAUUAUAGUUUAAUAAUAAUAUUAUUAUUAAUAUUAGUAUAUAUGUAUUAUUGUAAUAAUAAUUCGACGUACGUCCAUUUUGACUUACGACCGGUUGGUCGGAACCAAGCUUGGUCGUAAGUCAGACGGUAGGUGUAUAUAUUCUUUAACCCAUAAACAGUCCAAACGUAUAUAUACAUUCUCUCGCGUAGCGCCCUGAAUAUUUUGAGAAUUUUUUUAUAGGAAAAAAGAGCAUAUGGUACCCAGG